AUGGACGCCGCAACCCCAAAGAGACCAGCCCAGGUGGCUUUCCGCAUUCAUCCCCUCUACCGCAUCUUCUUUCUCGUCCUUGAGCCCAUCUCUGCUCUCGUUGGCGCCUUCUUCACUCACUUCCGCCAAGGAUCUUACCUCACUCUUCUCAAUGCGGCUUCUGCACCUACCACAGCUCAAGCGGUGCCAAAGGCUACAUCGGUUGCCAUGUCGCAGCUCGCUAAUAUGUACUUCUUCUUCGCGCUCAAUGAGGCGCUCGUGCUGCGGUCUACGCCAGACCUGAGAGUCUGGAGGGUUGUGCUGUUUGUGCUUCUCGUGGCGGACGUGGGACACUUGUUCUCCAUGAGCGAGCUGGGAACGGGGAUUUACUGGGAUGUCAAGUCAUGGAAUGCGAGCGACUGGGGAAAUAUCCCUUGGGUUUAUGCUGGUAUGACUCUGAGGGUUUGCUUCUUGAUGGGUUUCGGAUUGGGAGAAUCGAGGGUUUUGAAGAGGAAGGUUUAGGGAUUUCGUCGGUGUUGGGGAUAGCGAAGUUCGGUGUUUGGUAGCGAGGUUUCUCGGGUUGGAUACCGAAUUUUGGUGCAAGAGUUGGAGAUUAUAAAAGAAAAAGACUUGGGAUUACUUGACUAGACCUGUAUGAGGCAGGAUAUGAUGAGUCUAGAACACAUGAUGCUUGCUAUAAA